GCUUCCUGAAGUCGGGCUCAAUGUGUCGGAGCUGCCAUGUUCCUGCUGGGAAUUAAAUGAACGGAGGGGCCCCCAGGAGCCAGGGCCACAGCCAGGGUCUGUCCGGGCACAGCUGACUAGACAACACCAGUGCCAUCCAUAUGUCCGGGAUCUUAUAUGUGUAACGAUUUGUGACUGGUCACCAGGCAGCAUCAUGGGUAAUCUCCGUCUGUCAUGGUCCGUCACCAGCUGAGACUGAUCUAAUCUCCCUGAGUCCCGUGGGGGAGCAUGUAUAAAAGAAAUGGCUUGAUGGCAGGGGUGACUGCCACCUCCGGCACCCCAGAGGGCAGCAGUAGUUCUGACUCACUGGAUGGUCAGAGCUCUGAUUACACCAACAAGAGUUAUGAUGCGGUGGUGUUCGAUGUGUUGAAAGUGACUCCUGAGGAGUUUGCUAGCCAGAUCACACUAAUGGAUAUGCCAGUAUUUAAAGAAAUCCUGCCAGAGGAACUCACCAGCUGCGGGUGGAACAAAAAGGAGAAACACAGCCUUGCUCCAAAUGUUGUUGCCUUUACAAGAAGGUUUAACCAGGUCAGUUUCUGGGUCGUUCGGGAAAUAUUAACAGCACAGACCUUAAAAAUUCGAGCCGAAAUACUGAGCCAUUUUAUCAAGAUAGCCAAGAAACUGCUGGAUCUGAACAAUCUGCAUUCUGUCAUGUCCGUUGUGUCAGCCUUACAAAGUGCGCCAAUUUUUCGACUGACAAAGACCUGGGCUCUCUUGAACCGGAAGGACAAGACGACGUUUGAUAAGCUCGAUUACCUUCUCUCCAAAGAAGAUAACUACAAGCGGACGCGGGAAUACAUUCGGAGCUUAAAAAUGGUCCCGUGUAUUCCUUAUCUAGGGAUUUACCUUCUGGAUAUUGUCUACAUCGAUUCUGCGUACCCUGCGUCAGGCAGUAUUAUGGAGAAUGAGCAACGAUCCAAUCAGAUGAACAAUAUUCUGCGGAUAAUUGCUGAUCUGCAAGUCUCCUGCAGCUACGACCACCUUGCGACACUGCCCCAUGUGCAGAAAUAUUUGAAGUCUGUGCGAUACAUUGAAGAACUCCAAAAAUUUGUGGAAGAUGACAAUUAUAAAUUGUCAUUAAGAAUUGAGCCUGGAAACAGUUCUCCGCGUCUAGUCUCCUCUAAAGAAGAUCUAGCAGGUUCAUCGGAGAUGGCGGCAACCAUGAGGUAUAGCAGGAGACCGACAUGUCCUGAUGCGUCGGUGGCCACCCACCUCCCAACUCCUCCUGUAUCCAGACAUAGGAAGAGCCACAGCCUAGGAAACAACGUCAUGUGUCAGCUCAGUGUUGUUGAGAGUAAAAGUGCUACAUUUCCAUCAGAGAAACAGCGCCACCUUCUGGAUGAUAGUGUCCUAGAAUCACAGAGCCCGACCAGGAUUCACACUCAUCCAUCUGUGUUUACCAAUGGGGUGUCCAUAGGCAGCAGCGAGAGCUCUGAAUUUAGCGAAGAGGUUUCGUCUGCGCUCGAGAAGGGCCGGUUGUAUGCCACGCUGGGGCCCGACUGGCGGGUUCCGCUUCGGAAUUCUCCCAGAAGUCGAAGCUGUGUAUACAGUUCUACACGCUCCGAGAGAGCCAGUGCCUGGAUACAGACUGGGGUGGCAUCUGGACGUCCUACAGGUGCCUGCAGCUGCAUUUUGGGAAGCUCUUCAGGGGUCAUUGCGAUGGAAGGUCCACUAAGAAGAAAAACAUUACUUAAAGAAGGGAAGAAGCCUACGCUCUCGUCUUGGACAAGAUAUUGGGUAACUCUGUCAGGAUCGAUGCUGCUCUACUUUGGGGCCAAGUCAUUAAGAGGCAAUGAAAGGAAAAAUUACAAGUCUACCCCAAGUAAAAAGGUAUCCGUACUCGGCUGGAUGGUGGUACUGCCCGAUGACCCAGAACAUCCGAAUAUUUUCCAGCUUAAUAAUCCUGAUAAAGGUAAUGUUUACAAGUUCCAAACUGGCUCGAGGUUUCAUGCAAUAUUAUGGCACAAGCACUUGGAUGACGCGUGUAAAAGUUGCAGGCCGCAGGUACCCACUAAUCUCAUGUCUUUUGAGUGAGCCCGUCCGGCCUGAUUUGUAACGUUAAAGUGCCAAAUGAAAAACCAGACGCCGCACAGGUUGGAUGACACUACAAGAUGCAAUACGGUUUGCAGCGAAGGACAAGCACUUUUUGUAACUUACCAAGAAGUAAAAAGCCCGCGAUUUCUGAAGCUGAAUUUUCUAUUCGUUGUUUAGUUCAUCAUGGAGUCUUUCGCACUUAAUGGAUGGAAGGCAGAUCUGACCAGCAAACUGGUGAUGUGUAAGAGGUCACAGACUGCGAUGCAGAGAAAGGAAAUGGUGCAUAAUAUGAUUUGAUUUUUUUGUAACCAUUCUUUUUAACUGUUAAGCUGCUGUAUGUACCAGGAAAAACAACGUCUUAUUAGCCCAUGUUGGGUUUUAAAUUCUGAAGGGACAAAUCUUAACAGUGUUAGUGAAUAUAAAGUGUCAAUUAUAUAAAACAUUAACAGUGAACAACAUUUUCUAAUCCGAGUGCACUGAUUUGCCUGGCAUGGUGGCUGCCUCAUUACUUGUUUUUUUUGUUUGUUUUUUUUAGAAAAAAAGAAAA